ACGAUUUUAGACUUAGCAUUAGCAGCUGUGCCUCAUAUUUUUAGUCUGGCAACAUUCAGCAGAGCUGUCAGUGUGUCUGUCAGUCAGCUGUCAUUCCAUUCGUUUCUUAUCAGCCCUGUCGAUUGAAGCCGCCAGGAUGUCCGACGCGCCCGCCCGCCCCAUGAAGUACCCGUACACCAUCAGCGCGAAGAUCGCGCAGUUCCCCAUGAAGUACUACGUGCAGAACCAGUGGAUCUGGCGCUACUGGAUGGCUGGUAUCCUCGUCAGCGCGCCCAUCUUCUACAAGAUCCACAAGCUCGCGAACUCUCCUGAGAAUGUGAAGAUCUGGGCCGAGAACAAGAGGAAGGAGGAAGCCUCGCACCACUGAACUCCUAGAACUUAUCAUCAAUAGGUUUGAACUUGAACCAAGUUGUGUAAAGAUUUAAUUGUAAGGUAAUAAAAUCAUGUGUUAGUAACAAAAAA